ACUAUAUUCAAAUGAAAAUCAUGAUUAUUCUUAACGUUUAUAUAGUUAUUACCGUACAAUAAUAACCUUAACUAAUUAAGGACAUAUGAUGAUAUUACCUGUUUGCAUUUUUUGCCGAUGGCGAGCACUACACCGACAGAAGUUGGUUUUGGGGCUUUAGUACCACGAAAUAAACCGCUUUUUGUCUGUUGGGACUGAAAGAAUUUUUUCACCAAUACGUUGUUGAAAAGCGGAAUGAUUUUUUUUGACGCCUGAGAUUCAAAACAAGACUUUUUUAGAGGAAGCAAGACUUAAAAUAAAUAAUUUAUACGUCCUUCGUCAUAAAAUAACAUGAGGAUAAUAGAGAAUGAAAACCGCUAAGUUUUGGACUAUUUUUACUUAGUGAUAUUGUAUAGAUUAUUAUUAAUGAUUGAAUGUAGUAAUAAUGUUGUAACCUAUUGUAAUUGCAAAUAUAUAUACCUACUUAAAAGAUACCUAGCGGCCAAAAAGAACAUUUGAAUAACAAAUUCAAUACAUAUAUAAUGUAGUAUACUUGUAACUUACCAUUAUAGUGGAUUCGUUUAAUAAAUGUUCACCGUAGAAAUUAUUAAUAUGUCAAUUAUUCUGAGAAGUAUAUCAAAAACUAUGAAGACAAAAAAUAAACAAAGGUUGUUCAGAAUAUGGACUUGCCGAGUAUGGAAAAUUAUCCUGUUUAUGUUAUAAACGUAGUUCCGGAAUUGACAGAGGAAGCUAGUAUAGAAGUUCCUAUUCAAUUAGCAUCAAGCCAAACACCAUCAUUCAAUUUUUAUGUUCCUUCAAUAGAACAACAUAAUCCAGAACUAAAUAUACUUGAUACACAAAUAAGUAAUAUCCAAAACAAUAAAUAUAAGGAAAUCAGGCCACUGACAAAGAUAAAAAGAAAGCAUGGACUAUCAGCUAAUAAUUCCAAAUCAGUUUUAUUAUCUAAAAAUAAGGUCAUUUCAAAAAAAAUGGUUUGUGAUUAUGCAUCUUUACUUAGUGAUGAAGAUAUUUCCAAUAAAAACAAGAAAGUAGAAAAGUAUGAUGCAAGUACAAAUACUAAUGUAAUUUUUCACCUAUUAAGUCCAUCAGAUUUACUAACCGAAAAUAUAAAACCCAUGACGCCUAAAAGAGGACGGCCUCGUAAAGAUGACCAUGAUCUAAAUGAAAAUAAAUCGAAACCAGAAGAAGCCAUGCAGCCCGAAAAAGAAGUUAUUGAAUGUUCAUUGACUACAAAGUGUGGUCGUUUAUCUAAACCUCCUAAGCAUUUAUUAAAUGGAAAAAUAGUUAAAGAACCGCCUAAGAAAUUGCACCCCAUAGUUGAUAAUGAUGAUAUUCUUGGAAGAAAAAAAGUAAAAUACAAUGUCAAAUCCGAUUUUGUGUGUGGAGGAUGUCAUAAAACAUAUUUAGGACACAAAAGAAUGCAAGAACAUCUAGAAAAAUUUCCUUCUCAUAAAGUCAAUACCAAUGACCAGCAUAGUAUAGAAUCUGAAUUUCAAGACAUUUUUGAAGAAUUCAAUAAGCAUCCAAUUAAUGAUAAUAACAUUAACGGUAAAAAGGAAUCACAUACACAAACUGAAACUUUUAAAAACCAUAAAUGUGGAUUUAUGAAAUCGAAAAAAAAUUUAACAGGCCACUUAAAACAGAUUAUGAAACAUAUAAAAAAAACAAAUAUAUUGAAAUCAUUAACUGGAACUAUUUCUCCCUGGGAUUUAUUAGCAAGCAAUUUAGAUAAUGGAAAUUUACAAAUGUUUUCUAAAGAAUUAAAUACAAUUAUUAUAAAUUUAAGAAACUUAUCAAAAAUGCUCACACAAAUACCAGAUUGUGAAUUAAACGCUCCUGAUAAUACUAAAAUGUUUGUUGAUGAUACAUUAGGACAACUUAUGAGUUUACCCAAAGGCACGUAUAGUUUACAUAAUUUUCCUAAUAACGUUUAUGAAAUACCUCGGCAAAAUGAUGUAUGGACCGAAAACCCUGGCCAAGCUAUUAGUCUUAAAGUUCCUAUAUCGCAAACUCCAAUCCAUUCUAGUCCUAUUCACUUGAAUAUGUUCGAUAGCCAAACAUCAAAGGUUGAUUUCUUGUUAAGUUCAAGUAUGGAAGAAUCAAUGAUGUGUGACGAAAAUCAAGCGGCAUUGGAAAGUGUCGAUGGACUUGUGUCUGAAAGGCUACGGACGAUGACUGACCAUCUGGAGACGAGUGUACCUUUGAUUGGUUAUCCUUCCUCAACAUCUACAGUCAGUGUCUCUCAACCACAUGUAUUCAUGAGUCAUGGAGUUUAUGAAGUUUUCUCAAAUGACAUGACCCUUGUCCCUACAUCAACUGAAGAAUUUAUCAAGAGCCUAGAACAAUUUGAACCACUUCAUGAUGCUGCAAAUACUCUAAAUACAGAAACAAGAAUGUUGGAUUUUGAAGAUCUUCAACAUCCUUUUCACACUUCUCAAGAAUUAUAAAAACUAACCAUACUACAUUUUUUAAUUCAUAUGUUUUCAUCAUAAUAAUUCUAUAAUUAAUAGUUAUUAUUUUUGUAUAUUAAAUUUACUUUGUAACCAGGUUUUAAAUAUAUUUUUUAUGUACCCGUUUAUAAAAUGUAUUUCUUUAGAUAAUAGGGAUUUAAUAUUAUAUUAAAAUAAAAUGUAAAUUAAAUUGUGGAGAAA